UUUGCCUUCGCAUCUACAAUUGUACUAGCUUUAGAUGCUGUGGAAACAAUAACUGACACCAUAAUUGCCAAAUUGCUUCCCUAUGUACAGAAGGGUCUGAAGUCUUCAUGGGAAGAUUACAGAUCGGCAACCUACAUGAUUAUCUGUCAGCUGGCUGUGAAAGUUGUCAUGGAAGCCUCUCUUGUAAACACCUUGGCUCAACAAGUCAGCAGGACACUGGCAAAGAAAUCAUCUCUGACACGGGAAGGACUGAGCUGCCUCGUUAUUUUACUGCAGAACCAAAAGCGAGAAAACAUCAGUAAAAAAACCUUUGCUUAUCUCUGCAGUGUCCCUGACCUCUCCACAGUUCUCCAGGACAUUGAUGCUCAAUAUAAUGUUUCUCCCUUGCUUCAUUAUUUUCUCCCCAAACUCCUCCACUCUGUCACAGCUGAAGCGGCUGAAGAACAGGAAGAACAUUCCAGUUGUCAAACACGUGUCAAAUUGUUGGAAGCUAUACUCCAGAGUGUUACCCUGGAGAACAACCUGGGAGAAACGUUAGUCAAUGUGCUGAUUGAUGACUACAUUUCCCUGUGGACCACAAAUGACAGUAGCUCCGACACCCCAUCUGCUUUCAAUCAGAAAAUCAAGCCCUUGGUCAGGCUUCUUGAAACCAGGUAUCCUAAAGCAUAUGAUGCAGCCCUGGAGGAACGCCUGAGAACUAUCAUAAGCCCGAGAGAGCAAGAUGUCUUUAACCAGUUUGUUUCUCUGUCUUUGAGCAGUGCCAAACAUCAGUUACUCGCAGAUUCUGACACUUCGCUGUUGCUGAGUCUGAAUCACCCGCAGCCUGCAGUCCGCAACUUUGCUGUACAGCAUUUGAAGGAAAUUAUAGAAUCUUCACAGGGGGGCUUUGAUGAUCUUUUCCUGAAAGACUCUAUCUUGCAACGGUUGAAAGAUGACACUCCACUCGUGGUCCUGGCCGCUCUGCAGGCUCUGAAGGCUUUCUCUGGACCCUUAGGCCAGGAAGAUACUGUAUCCCAUAUCUUGUCUCUGUUCCACCAAGUGGACCUUACAGAGAAUGACCAAUGGUGCUCUGUCCUUGAAGAAGCGAUUAUGAUUUUAAGCACUGGAGGUUUGCUUGAUGGGAAUGAAGUCCUGACCGGUCAGGUGUUGACGGAACUUUUGCCCUACGUGAUUCUGACCAAUCCUGACAGACAGUCGGCUGAGCAAAAGAUAACUGUCUUCAUUGCUAAUUCAGGUCUCUGCUCUCUGACCCCACUGCUGCAUGGCUGGCCAGAAGCACUGAAAGAUGCCAUUGAAUGCUCUAAAUCAUCACGGCUUGUAGGUGAGGCUAAUGAGAAACUGAUCCAGAUUCUGGUGACUAACAUGUGCCAGAUGGAGCCCUCUACUAAGACUUGGACAGUGGAGAUUCUUGUACAAUUUGCUGAGAAAGAGUCCUCAAAUCCCAGACAGAAUCUGAUCUUCAGUGUACUGAGCUUCGCUCUCGUUCAGGCCUUGGAGAAGCAGCCUGAAUCAGGUAGUUUUCAGAUUGCUUUGCGAGUGUUUGGCUUCUUGGAGAAAAAACUGAGGAAACUCAUCACAAAAAGUGAACAUCUGGAGGAGGUUUCUGAAAAUAGGUGCCUUGAUUCUGAUGGAGGGAACACAUCGCUGGCACAGCUGCUAACUGAGCUUGUCAAGACUCCACAAGCUGGCAAUACAGAACCUGGACUGAUUCUCACAUUGCUGCUGAAGAACUUCAUCGUUGCCUUUGAACCGCCCAUAUCUCUCCCAAAAGGCCAGACUUGGUGGAACCCUGAAAGUUUGGACAAGCAAAACUGUGAUUACCUUCGCCUUCUGAUCGGACUGUUUGACAUUAUUAUUUGCGGCUCCAGUGAAGGAAGCCUUGUGGGGAGUUUCAGAAUACUCAUGCAGCUGCUGUUCCAGACUCACCUGCCGAAUACCAACAGCCUCUUCAUGUUCUUGAACCUUUUGUGGACCUAUAACUUUAACCUUGGCAACCAGAUAAACUGCACAAUAAAUGCUGUGCUUCAGACACGGGCUCUUUACAUGGGUCGUGUGCUGUUGACAGAUCAGUCUGCAGGGCAGAGAGGUAUGCUGGCAUCUCUCUCAUCCCCAGAUGGUGAUUUCGUUUCAGUGCUAAUAUCACUGGUGAUCUGUUUGGGCAGUCCAGUGAGAGAGGUGCGCCGGGGUGCCAUUGGAUGUCUGCAAACAUUAAUGCUCUUGCGAGGGACUGUUUUUUACCAAGUUAUUGAUAAACUUGUGAAUUUGGGAGAGGAGAUCAUUUCAGAUCACAGACACUUACCCCAGGUAUUUAGCAGCUUGUUUGAGCAGCUUUUAACACAGAGUAAACCAAAUGCACAGAACAAAAGGCUGACUGAAGCUCUGGAGAACUUUAUGCAAUGCAUUGUGGAUCCUGAGUGGCCUUCCUACAUAGCUCGCUGCUUGUUGAACACAUUAGAGGAGGUGAACGGAGAGCUGAUGAUGUCCAAGUUGCGGCCGCUGCUGGAGAGAUUUUUAGAGAAAGAGUCUGGAACCUUCAGAAAGGAUGAAGCUCUCCUGCUACACAUGAUCCUGAGAAAGUACAACAAAUAUUCUGCACCCUUCCUAGCAACGCACAUACGUAGUAUGAAUUUUUUCCUUAGUGCCAUGAAUAAUUCCAAGGAGCUGUAUAGAGGACUGCCAACAUUGCAGGUCAUCGCACUGGGACAGAUCACUAAGGAAUUCUUUGCAGCCCUGCCUGAUGGGAAGAUCCAGCAGAAACUGCUGGGGGUACUUUUUGACUUACUUGUGCAGUGUAAAAACCCAGCAUGUGCACAGUUGAUAGGCAAUGUUUUUAAAGGGAUCACAGUUGACGCAGAGCAAAUUGCCCAGGAGUUUGGAUCUUUGCAAAAACCUCAGAGCCAGGCAACUGUUCAGCAGAAGAGGAGGCAGAAAAUGCUACAGAGGAAAUCACAGGAAUUGCAGGGUGCAGAGCCUGUUCCUCCAAUAGACAACGUAUACUGGCAGCGAGUUACACUCAUUUUGGAAUUAAUGCAGCAUAAGAAAAAGCUUAAACGACCUCAGAUUCUCAUCCCUGCACUCUUCAGCCUCCUCUCCAGGUGCCUGGAUCCCUCAUUGUCUGAAGAAGCCAGUUUGGAGUACACAAAGCAGCUACUCCUCAACUGCUUGCUCAACCUCUGCCAGAAACUGUCACCAGACGGCACCAAGAUCAGUAAAGAUGUUCUUGAUGAAGAGAAGUUCAAUGUGGAGCUGAUUGUUCAGUGUGUCAGGGGCUCCAAUGUACCUCAGACUCACCACCAUGCACUAUUGCUGCUGGGCACUGCUGCUGGGAUAUUCCCCGAUAAGGUUCUUCAUAAUAUCAUGCCCAUUUUUACCUUUAUGGGUGCCAAUGUGAUGCGACUGGACGAUAGCUACAGCUUCAAGGUGAUAAACAAUACAGUAAAGACUGUGAUCCCAGCACUCAUACAGGCUAAUGACGAAGGAUCUGUAGAAAUCAAAGAGCACGUUAACAAGGUUGUUACAAAUAUCAUCCACGUGUUUGUGGAUGCCUUGCCUCACGUGCCUGAGCACCGGCGACUGCCUAUCCUAUCGCAGCUGAUUGAUACAGUCAGUGCAGAACGCUUCCUCUGGGUCCUCCUCUUACUUCUGUUUGAGCAGCACGUGACCAAGACUUCUGCACCAGCCAAUGGUGAUAAGGAAGCUAUCUUAGAAAGAGAUGUCGAGUUUUGGAUCUCCGUUUGCUGUGAAUUUGGUGUUCAAGAGCAGCUUCUGAGUCUCAUGAAUAUGCUGCGUUACCUCGCCAAGCUCCCAGAAGACAAAGAAGACGAGGGACCUGGGAAUAGGAGGUCAUCCAAGACCAGAAUGAAGAAGCCAGGUGAAGCUGAGCUACUCUUCAACGUGGAAACUCACAGCGCAAAACAACUGCGGCAUUUCAAGUUUCUUUCAGUCUCAUUUAUGGUUCAGCUACUUGCUUCCAACAGCUUUGUGGGAAAGGUUGCAGAAUCUGAUGAAUGUGAACAUGAAACCUUGCAGAAACUGGAACAAAGCUUGCUGGAAGAGAUUCUGUGCUACAUUAACGUAGUUGCCCGUUGUGUGGAGGAGAAUGCAGAGAAACCAACAGCUAAAUUCUGGAGAUCUCUACUCAACCGCUCAUACGAUGUCUUGGAUAAAGUGAAUGCCCUACUUCCCACAGAAACAUUCAUUCCAGUGAUCAGAGGGCUCAUGAGCAAUCCCUUACCCUCAGUUAGACGCAAAGCUAUGGAUCUCCUCAAUAACAAACUACAGCAACACAAGACAGCCUGGCAGGAUCAUCAGGUGACAUUGCUUCUGAACCUGAUUGAGGAUCUUCUAUCCAUUGUGAGUAGUAAGGAAAAGGAGGAAGAGGAGCAAGCUGUGAACAGGCAGACGGCACUCUACAGCUUGAAGCUACUGUGCAAGUGCUUCGGUACUAAUCAGCAAAAUCCAUUUGUGCCUGUGCUGACGACAGCCGUUGACCUGAUCACAGGUGAUAGUGAGGAGGAAAGAAACGUGCUGGCAAGUGCAUUGCUCUGUGUAGCUGAAGUUACCUCUGCACUCAAAGCAUUAGCAAUACCACAGCUUCCAAGGCUAAUGCCAGGGCUGUUGAAGAUGUUGAGAAACCACAAGGCCCUGCUGUCCAAUGAGAUUUAUUUGCUGAGUGCUGUUGCAGCCUUGCAGAAAGUUACAGAAACGUUACCUCACUUCAUUAGUCCCUACCUGCUGGGCAUUCUGACACAAAUCACCUGCUUGACACAGAUUGCUUCCAGGCCAAGCCACUCCUCACAACUCAACCUACGACUCACAUCUCUCCGCACCACCCUAGCCACGAAGCUCGCUCCUCGGGUUCUGUUGCCUGCAGUUAGUAAAUGUUACAAUAAACUUGUUGACACUAAUCAGAACUGUUUGGGUCCACUCAUGCUUAUCCUCAAGGAAAACAUCAGUCACAUGGAAAAGGAACAACUGAACUCCCAUCAGUCUGAGCUUACGUCAUUCUUCCUCAAAGCCCUGGAUUUCAGAGCAGAUCAUUUGGAGGUUGACUUGGAUAAAGUGAGUGAAAUUGAGGGUCACAUCAUUAACUGCCUCAUCGUUAUGGUGAUGAAACUUUCAGAGAUUACGUUCAGGCCUCUGUUCUUCAAGCUCUUCGACUGGUCCAAGUCAGAAGGACAGCCCAAGGAUCGAAUGAUCACAUUCAGCCGUUUAGCAGACUGCAUCGCAGACAAGCUGAAAGGAUUGUUCACCUUGUUUGCUGGAAACUUAGUGAAACCUUUCGCUGACAUUCUGAACCAGACAAAUUCGGUCAAGACUGAUGAAGCUUUCUUUGACUCCAAAUGGAAUACAGAAAAAUCAUGCUUACUGCUUCAAUUUGUCAUCAACUGCCUGCACAAAAUUUUCCUGUAUGACACUCAUCGAUUUGUCAGCAAGGAAAGAGCUGAUGCUCUUAUGAUGCCCUUAGUUGAUCAGCUGGAGAAUAUGCUGGGAGGGGAAGAAAAGUACAAGGAAAGAGUGGUCACUCAUGUUAUCCCAUGUGUCGCUCAGUUUUCUGUUGCCCUUGGUGAUGAUUCUCUGUGGAAACCACUGAAUUAUCAGAUACUGUUAAAGACCAGGGACAGUUUGGCAAAGGUGAGGUUUUCUGCUCUGCUUAUGCUGUUGGAAUUAGCCAGUAAAUUGAAGGAGAACUACAUGCUCCUAUUACCAGAAGCCAUCCCAUUCCUGGCAGAGCUGCUGGAAGAUGAAUCUGAAGAAGUGGAGAACCAAUGCCAGAAAGUUAUUCAGCAACUCGAGGUCAUACUGGGAGAGCCACUGCAGAGCUAUUUUUGAAACAUCAAGUCACACAAUUGUUCAUAACAAUAUUGUUAUAUAUAGAUCUUCAAUGCAGAUUUCUGAUUUCUUUUGGAAUUUUGAAUGUAAGUGUUUUCCGCAAAUGUUAAUUAACAUCACAGGUGUGAUUUGAGCAGACAGAUUCUUAUCUCACUUGUGGUAAAAGAACUGAAUGCCAGCAGGUUGGGCAUCUAAAAUCUGGACAAUGUUUAUAUGUCGUAAUCAAGUGAUUUGACUUGUUUUAGGCACUAUGUGGGCUUUAGUUUGGAGGCAUCUGUAAAGCUCCCAAAUAGCUCUUUUACUGCAUCGACCAACAUUUGGUUUCCCUUUGAAAAUUCUGCUAAAGGAAUCAACAUUUAAUAAAUGAAUCAGAAACCACUAUUGUUUGAAUGCAUUGCAUUAAUUUCAUCGGUAAGUCAUUUAACUGUUUCUCAAAACCGAUAAUGGUCUAGUUUAAUGACUAAACAGCUGAGUAACUUAAUUCCCAAGACAAUUGGUGUAUUUUCAGAUUAACCAGAGGGGGAGGGGAAAGAUAGCCAAAAUCACCUUGAAGUAUUUUUCUCAAAAGUUAUUGAAUUUUAAAUCUUGCUAACCAGAGUUUGUUGGUGCAUUACAAUUACUCUGUACGAUUGUACUUUAAAAUGCCAACAGCGCUGUGCCUUUGAAAUCUGGAAUGGGUCAGCCUUUAACCUCUUAACUCUCUCCCAACUUGGAGUUACAUUGUACAGAAUCAUCAGUUAUGUCCUCAAUCACCCAGCUGCAAGCUAGGAUUUAAAUCUGUGAUUUUGCCACCUUUUUCUUAGUAACACACAAUGAUCAACAUAUGACCCCAAUGGAAGUAAAAUAACAAUUUAUAUCAAGACUUUCACACACUGGCAUUGCCAAAUAAAAUUAGUACAACCUU